CAUGAUACGUACUCGAGACGCUACUCAACGACACUUCCGCUUCGAGCUUUGAUGGUUUGAGUUGGACAUCUCUAGCCACAGCAAGGGACGCACUUAAUAUUUGAGAACCAGUUUUUGUUUAUAUUUACUGGAGCUGUGAAUAUUUCUACAUUUAAGUUUCCACAUGCCUCCGAAUGUAUUAAAAUCUAUGCUCAAAUAAAAAAAACCUAUUUUUUCACUUUAUGUAUCAUCUGCCUUUGCGUCGCGUGACUGUCGAACAGACUGACUAAUAUCAUGAUGGUAUCAACUCUGUAGCACGGUUAUGAACCCAUAAAUUUAAAAUCCUAUGGACCCCAGGGCCUAUUUCCCCCAUGCGUUAGAGCCCUGUGGGGCCCUACUGGGGAUGAGCCGGCGUCACGGAGCAGGUCAUAAAACGUUAAGGUCCAGAAAAUGCUUGAUUUUUUAAUCGGUAAUGACCCGAACAAUCCUCACGGUCGAUCACGAGUAAGCACCAACAGAUCGUAAACCACACCGCGGGCGCGCGCACGCCCUUGCCCAUGUCCACAAAGCGCUUUGCCGUGAGCGCGCCUCGUGGUGCUGAUGGGGCGCAGGCAGGAAGCUACAUCGAGGAAGUGGAGGAUAAAGAUAAUCGAUAAGCGGCUGCCCGUUGGAUCAGAGCGCGUCAUCAAUCAAUGAACCAAUCAAUCAGUGAAGUUAUUGGUCACACCUGAGCGCCAGCUGCAGCGGGAGACAAUCAAAUCAGCCGAUCCGAGACCUGCAUGUGGCAGCGGGGUCUGGAUGAUAUGAAGACAAUCCCGCAGUUCCAGUCUGGAGAAAACGCGCAGCUGAUCCAGGUGUGGAGGAACCUGAAAGCUGCCACUGACCCAAAGCUGAAUUCCACUGAUAAAGGCCUGAUGAUGACACAAGCCAUGGAGAAGCCAUGAGAUGGGGUUGAUGAUCAUAUACGGAAAUAUCAAAAGCAUCAACGUUAUUUGAUAUCUUGAAAAAGAGAACGCACGGACCACAACGAUCAUACAUAAUAACAAAGGACGAAGAUUGUUACAUUCUAGCAGACACACCACUACAAAAUUCAUUCGUCAGUGAGUCAGUGUGGGGCAGAGAACAGGUGUCCAGCAGUGAGGAGGGAAGAGGAGUGGUCUCAUGGGUUACACCUGCCAUGGAGCUCAAAGGUCACGUCAUCUCUCCACCUGACCCCAUUACCUGUCCAGACAGGAAGUUGAGUCAGCGAAUGGCAGAGCUGCAGGAGAGGAGGUGGAGCCUGCAGGGACAGCUGAGAGUGCGAUUGGCUGAGCUGAGACGCAUCUGUCUGCAGGAGGCAGAGCUAACAGGGGCUCUGCCCCGGGACUUCCCCCUGGAGCCAGGGGAAAAACCUCCCUGUGUUCGUCGGAGGGGGGGGGUGUUCUGCCAAGGACACAGAAAGUGUAGAACUGAGGAGGACAACUCACGCUCAAGGCUGAAGAAAACUUUAUUCAGUGGAGCACUGAAAAAACACAGCGACACCGAACACAACACGCACUCGCAGACACACACUUACCACAGCAAGAGGACUGUACACAGAGGCUGCCAUACAGACGACAGCGUGAGGUCAGAGAGUGGCUCCACGUCGGACUUGACAGGACAUGACAAUGAUGAAAUCCUGCCUCAGUGUCGCCCCCCACUGGUCACAGCUGGUUCUCCAGUUGAGGUUUUUCAUCAGAACAAAACGUUGAGGAACAGAUCUAACCACCUGGAGACUGUUUACGCCCAUAGGGCCUUGCCACUGCCCUCCUCCCAGCCUUCCACCCUCCUUUCACCAUCCUCCUCCUCCCUCUCCACGCUCACAGGACUCUUCCUCCUCUGGCCCCUCUGAUCAGGAGCAUCAGGGGAGGGGGUGGGCAGGGUAUACGGGGUGUGUCGCAGUAGCAGUCCAGAUGUCCUCCCCUCCGAGCAGAAGGGGGAGCAGCAACAGGGGGGCGUAUGGGUCACCAGUAUGUCGGGCUCUAGAGGAGGAAACACUGCUGGAGUUUUCAGGAGCUCAGAGACUCUAUCAGAUGGACGGAACAGGUUCACCAAUGAUCCCUCUGAUGCGGGAGCAAAGGAGGGGGGGGCACCUAUCUGGAAAGGAAGAGGUGGGGGGUACAGUGAUGUUCUGCUGGACUAUGUCUGGGGAAAGCAGCAGCAGCUGCAGUGGGAGAAGUCCCAGCCUAGCACCAGACAGUCACUCUUCAACGGUUGCUCAUCUCAGCAUAGCGUUGGAGCUCCGCCCACCUCCUGCCACCGCCACGGCGACCAGCGGCGAGUCAAGGUAACUCGCACCAAAUCCUGUGGUCCCUUCCUCCCUGUGCAGCAGAGCCAGUCCAGUACUCACAAUCCUCCCCUGUCCGCCAUCCAACCCGACCCCCAUCCCCACCUGCUGCCCCCCAGACCACAACAACUGCCCCCCAACCAGGAUGCCCAACUGGAGGAGGCCACUAGGAGCCUCCACAAGGCCCUCGCACUGGAAGGUUUGAGGGACUGGUACCUGAGGAACACGAUUGGGUCCACCCACCCAAACCAGGCCAGUGGGAAGGGAAAAUCAGGGGUCAUCAUGAAGGGAAACGCAGGUGGGGGAGGAGCUUUGCAGCACAAGCAGACAACUCUCGGUGCCAUAGAGCAGUCAGCCUGUCAGACAGAGACAGGCCAGCACCAUGGCCCGUCCCCUCACAAACUGCCACAUUCUGCCACGUUCCACGGACAUUCCCUUCACGCCAGGUCCGGGGACCGCUCUCUCUACCACGACCCCUUCCAUCCUCGGAACCAGGCAGCUGUGGACCAACCGUCACCUGGGACCCUGGUCUGACUCAGUUUAGGCAACCCAAGGUUCCAGAUGCCUGAACCAAACACCUAUUUGUAGAAAAGUACUGGUGGCCCUCCAGGUACUUCUGUCUGACUUCCAUUGCCCUCUGCCCAUCAGUGAUGUUACUGGUGGGUGGUGUUGAAUGCAUGAAUUGUAUGUGCACAGAAAUAUCACCGUGUCAGGGUUCUGCAUGUUCUCGUCCAGAUGGACUGCUUUACCAAUCAGGGAUGGAAAUUAAUUUAAUGAGGUUUGCUCUUUCCUUUUUGUAUCUGACAGGUUUUUAACUGAACUGCAGGUUUUCACUUUUCUACCACAAUGUUCUCAUGCGUAAUCCUUAAUCAGACUCUGCUCAGACAAUCAGACCCAUCAGAGGUUUUUAUACAAUGAAAUAAAACCAGCUCAGUCCAGAAACCAGCAGUUUAUAAAGGAUGAAAGGUCUGAUCAGGUGAGCCCUCAGGUAGGCCUGUCAGAAACCAGCAGGUGAACUUCUCCAGGUCUUUGUACAGUUUAGGCUCUCUGCACUAUUAGUGAAACAGCUGCAAUAAGUAACUCAGCUUACAUCUGGGCUGACUGAAUCAGUUUUAACAGAUCCAUUAGUUUUAGGAGUCCAAGCUUUGUGUGUUCCAACCUGAUGAACUCAGUCCAUUGAGUCAGACGUUAGGAGACAGACCAUGCCAUUCAGAAAAGGUUGCAGCUUUUACUAAUGCUCAGGAUCCAAUCAGGACUUUUGUACAUCCACCAGCAAUGUCUGAUGCUGUGGGUCCACCAGCUCCAAAUCAAAAACAUGUAUAUUUUAUGUAUAUUCUGAGUGCUUUUUACUGAUUCAAUUCAAUUUAAUUGAAUUUAUAUAGCGCCAAAUCACAACAAAGUUAUCUCAAGGCACUUUACAAAGUAAGGUUUAAGACCUCACACAACUAAACCCAACAAAUCCCACAUACAGCAAGCAUUUAAUUUGACAGCAACAGUGGAGAGGAAAAACUCCUUCUCUAACGAGGAAGAAACCUCCAGCAGAACCAGGCUGAAUGUGGACGGCCAUCUGCCUUGACCAGUUGGGGUGAGAGGAUAGAGAGAGAUUUAGUUCACAUUUUCUCUGAAUCAGCCCAAUACAAAAUCAUGCUCCAGAUUUUUACGACCAGAUUGUGUCCAGGUCUUCUGCAGCUCUUUGGUUAAGAAACCAUAUCCAGUCUGAGAGCAAUAGGAAUUUUGCAUUUGAAGCUUAUUUGCAGGAACAAUCAGAGGUUGAUGGUACAGUGUUGAUGGAGGACUUAUUGAUCAAGCUGUAAUAAAAAAAAUUAACACAGGACAUGUCUUCUAUGGGAGACUGUUGCACAGUGUUUUUUUUACUGCAUCUCAGUCUCUCCACAGCCUAAUGAACCUCUGCUCCUCAUUUUAUUCUCUCCAGAGAAGCUGUGGACACAUUGGCACAGAUUAGACUUUACGUGGGAUUCAGUCACCACAGAGACGUGGGUGAAACAUAACACUGAAACAACAUUGAAACUUAAAAAUCAUCUGUGUCAUUGGAAGGUUUAACAAGACACCUGUCCAGUGUCAUGUGACCACUUUUGUCUCUUCAUGAAUCUCUGAGCAGAUGUCAGAGUAAAUGAAAAGAUAAGAUGAUGGAACCAGUGUUGAAAUACCAUUAAGUAAUACACUGAUGUUCUUUUUAUAACACAGUGAUAGUAAAGUACUGUUCAUACAGACAUUUAAGGCUGUAGCUGCAGGUCCACCAGCCUCCAACUUAUAAAACUGACCAACAGUACCUUUUGUUUAUGUUCAUUUUCUUUUAAUUAAUGUUUUGACUCUGCUGAAAACAUUAAAUUCUCAGUAUUUUAUUCAAAUCUGUUUGAAUUUUGUCUAAGACCGUUAUUAAGUGUGUAACACUAUAAUCUGUGACAGAGCCUUGACACAGUGCCGUACACUAUGUCUUUGUCCUGAAAACCCCUUUAUUAAGUUCAAGACCAUCUGUGAGUUGAUGCUGUGUCUGCUGUCAUGUGCUCAAAAGAUCUUUCUUUGAGCUCUGUGGUCAUUUGUAUUUUUAUACUCUGACAUUUAUGCUGUUGGAAAAAGCUGGAAGUGUAAAUAAAUGACUGACUACCUGUAAACGUUUCAAAAUAAAUUUUAUGUAUUAACGCUGA